GUUACAAGUGACAUUACAUAACAUUAUACAUGUAUAUUUCAGUAGCUUACAGACUGUAGUUCAGAAUGUUGGCAUGUUUAAGGCAAUCUUACCAAUGUACGUGUAGAUGCUGGCUUCAAUACAGUUCUCGUGGACUGUGUACAACAGACACAAAGUUUUACGAGAAUCCUGCAACUGCUGUAUUUGAAAGAAAACACAAGAUUGGCCAGGUUGCUGUAGGAAAAUAUCCACUUUUGAAAAAGAAGCAUUAUUUACUUGAUAAAUUAAAGCAUCCUGGUGAUUACAAAUCCACAAUUAAAUGUAUUUUAACUAAAGAAAUCACAGAUAUAGGUUUGAAAGGGACAGUGGUGGAGGUACCUAAGAAGCUGUUUAGAAAUGAACUGUAUCCAUCAGGGGCCGCUGUGUAUGCGUCUCCGGAAAAUUUAAUCUUAUAUGAAGACUUAAGAAAGUUAUCUGACGACGGGGGCAUAGAUUAUGAAACAAAACAGUUGAUGCGCAGAAUGGCAAAAUUUCAAUUACGAGUUUUCAUGCACCCAAAUAAUGAGUGGAUUUUAGAACCGGCACAUGUUCGGAUAGCUUUCAGAAAAAUGGGUGUAAUGCUGAAUGAGGAAAACAUUAUUAUGCCAACAGAGCCUGUGAUGGACUUUGGAAAUUUUACUUUCAAACUUCAGAUGUUUGACAAAAUAGCUUGUCGUCUUCAAGGAACCAUUUACCCUCUCAAACCCGACGGCCUUCCUCCCUCGGAGAAAAAUUUCCCGAAGAUCUGGGGUGGAACUGCCUCCACCACAGCCAUAGAGUAUUUAAACAGACCGGAUUUAAAUACAGCAGAUGUUGAUGAUGUCACAGAUAACAUAGAUAAAGUGGAAGAAAACAAUAAAGACACUGAUAGUAAUGAACUAAGUAAUGAUGAUAAUGAAUCCAAGUAAAAAUAAAUUAACGAGAAAUAUUAUCUCAAAUAAAUAUGUUUGAUAAUUUGAA